CUUUCAACAUAUGAAAAAGAAAGAAUAACUGAGAAAAGUAAUCAGAUGGUUAGUUCUAUAAAGUACUUUAGUAGUGGAUUUUCUGAAAAGGUAAGAAGUUCAAGAGAUAAAGACAACAACACUUAAGAGGCCUUGAACUAUAUAACUUGUUAAUUGCCUUAUGAUAUAUCUUUCUUUUGCUUUACAAAGUAUGCUAAAUAGUGAAGCAAAAGCAACACACAAAAUGGGAAACAGAUGUUAAGUUAAGAACUGAUAUUAAUUAAAUUGCUAUUGAGAGUUAUAUAAGAAACCCCCCAAAAAAUGCAGAAAAUGAACAACUUUGGUGGUAGUAGUAGUAGCAGUAGUGCUGGAAACAUGAGUAGCAAUGGGAGACAAUCAGUGGAGGAGAUCAAGGAUGAUGAUCAAGAGAUAUCAAGAUUGGCCAUUUCAACUUUUCAAGCCAGAGAGGAAGAGAUUGAGAGGAGGAAGAUGGAAGUGAAGGAAAAGGUUGAGCUUCAGUUAGGCCGUGCUGAAGAAGAAACUAAACGCUUAGCUAGGAUUUGGGAACAACUAGAAGAAAUGACAGAUCCAUUAAGGAAGGAAGUUGCUAAUGUGAGGAAGAAAAUCGACAUGGCGAAUCGAGAGCUAAAGCCUCUUGGACUAAGCUGCCAGAAAAAGGAGAAAGAAUAUAAAGAAGUAUUAGAUAUGUUCAAUGAGAAAAGUAAAGAAAAGGCUCAGCUUGUCAGCACAUUAAAGGAGCUGUUGGCUGAGAGUGAGAGACUGAGGAUGGUGCAGCUAGAGGAGCUGAGCAAGCACGUAUCAUCUCUAAAAUGAGAUCACAUGUUCAUUUUAUUCAUUUCAGAUGUGUGUUGAUUAUGAUUCUUUAAUUAUAUGUUGUUUCAGAAAAAUAAAUUGGACAUAUGCAUGCAGAGCAAACAUUCCCUGCUUAAAUUUUUGUCUUGAAAUUUUAGCAUACAAUUUUCGUUUGGCUCA